AUGAAAAUUUUUGACAAAAUUCUCAAAUUUCUCUACACUGAUGAACUUCCAGGUGACGAUGGGACAAACUUUUUGCACCUUUUUGCAGCUGCUGGGAAGCUCAAGAUUGAAAAUUUAAAAGAUUUUGCCGCUAAAAAAUUAUUUGAUCAAAUUGAUGCUGAAAAUGCUAUGGAAAUCCUUAGCAUCAGUAAUAAGUACGAGCAUCAAGAGCUGAAUGUUAAAGCAUUUGAUGAGAUUAAGAAGAAAUAUUCUAAAAUUAAUUUCAAAGACGAUUGGGCUGCAGACACUGAUAAAGUCACUCAAAUUAUUGAAGCAUUUCAGAAAAAGGAAGAUUUGAUAAGAAAAGCUGAAGAAGAGUUUGAAGGUUUGCUGAUUUAAUGAGCUA